CGCACUUUCACAGUGAAAUAUUUGACCGUACUGGCAAAGAGAGAUUUGUGUUCUUGGUGUGGGUGCAUGGGAGGGGAAUCAUAGAGGAUGUCGCGCGAUGUUCCGCGCGUAGAGAAGUGCGCGGAGAAAUUUUAGUGUUGGUACGUCGUUGGUGAAACAUGGCUGCUGACGAGCAAUUUUCACGUCGUCUUGCAGCCAUACAAAACGUCAAUAUUACAUCGGUAAAUUUAAGGGCCCAAAAAAAAUCGUCCGAUUCCAUUAGAAUUAUCGUCAAUUCACGUAGUGUUCAAUUUCUCGGCUCGCCGCUUCUUUAAAAAACGUACAUUGCAGUCCAUUUACGCUAAAUAAAAAAGUUUUGUUUUCUGAAUGACACACGCACCCCACCGAGUAUACAAGGGCGCGCGCGCGCGUCCAACCACAACGAAAAAAGCAAACGUCUCUUGUGAUCGCCGGGAGCAGAAUAUAUCAUCAAAAUGUCAACGAGAUCGCAACUGACCAAAGAUCUCAACGAAUCGGUCAAAGCACUCCUCGGAAAACAUGUCAAGAUAUUGUUGAAGAAUGUCGUAAAACUUGAGACUAAACAGGACAAACAAGAGAAUCGUGUUUUAGUAUUUUCACCAUGUCGUCUCUUUCUACUAACGGCCAAAGUACCGACAAGGAUCGACUGCCAUUUCCACUACUUGGAAAUAACGUCUGUCGAGUCCAAGAGAGCAAACCAACUAUGUCUUGUAGUUGGAGACAGGAGUUACAAUUUUACAACAAUGGGGGCAGCUGGUGGCGGCGGUGCGGAUACCACAGAGGUAGAUGCCAUGAUCGAGGCACUGCACACAGCAAUUAGAAAUAUAUUUCCAACUGUGCCGCUCAAUUACAUAAUACGAAAGAUCGAUGUGAUUCCGGCGAGCAGACUUCAGAGCAUAAGGGGCAGCGAACUUGCAAGAAGUACCGAAGCCACGCGAAAUACGGGCCCUUGUGGGGGAUUUUCGACACAAUAUGCCUGCAUGUGCGAUCUUCAUUGUGUUCAGUAUCGCGAGGAAGUCGCUUGGGACGUCGAUACGAUUUACUUAUCGCACGAUACACGGGAGCUUAAUUUACGAGAUUUUGAUCACCUGGAUCAAAAGGAUUUGGUACCUAUUAUUUCGGCACUGGAAUACAACACGUGGUUCACCAAACUUCGAGCAUCGAACCUCAAGCUUAGCCACGAAUCUCUCGAAAGGAUACUCCAAGUAGUUCGAAGAUCUCUGUCUAUUCAAGAAAUUUACCUUGACAAUAUUGGUGUCAAAUGGGAUUUCGCCCACAAACUGUCGCUGGCGCUCAUAUCCAACGGCAAUACAACACUGCACACGAUCGAUUUAUCGAACAACACAAUAGAAGAUAAGGGAGCGGCGAGCUUGUGUGGAAUAAUCGCCAAAUUGACACAAGGUGGAGCAACUCUGUUGAGCGGUCCGAUUGGUAAGCUUGCCAAAGGCUUGCAGAAAUUGAAUUUAUCCCGAUGCGGCUUAACGGGAAAAGGCGUUGCUCAAAUCGCACAUGCUCUUGGCCUCAAUCGCAGCAUGACCACGAGUCUUCAGUGUCUCAAUCUAUCGGAGAAUACAUUAAAAGAGGAUGUUAAUAACUUGUGCAAUUUUUUGGCUCAGCCAAACAGCCUGACACAUCUCGAUCUUGCGGGUACAGAUACGACCCUCGAAUGCCUAUUCGGUGCUCUGUUGCGUGGCUGCGCAACGAAUCUAGUCCAUUUGAACGUCGCCCGGAAUUCCUUUACGAGCAAAAAAACGAAAGAAAUACCGCCCAGUUUCAAACAGUUUUUCACGGCGACAUUGUCACUUAAGUAUCUUAAUAUUUCCUACUGCAAAUUGCCACUGGAAGCUCUGAAGCAUCUCCUGUUGGGACUUGCGUGUAACGAGAGUACCGUCGGCCUCGAGCUCGAUAUGAGUGGCAACAACUUAGGAUCGAUGGGUGCUCACGUCCUCGAAUCGUGUAUUCACGGGGUGCGAUGUAUCGCGACGCUCGACAUUUCUGACAGCAACAUGGACAUGGAUCUCGCUCAGGUUAUAACGGCAAUCGGUAAAAACAAAUCCCUGAAGCAUUUAUACAUGGGUCGAAAUACGAUUGGAAUGAAGAGCAAGCACAUCGCGGUUGUCAUGGACGCUCUCGUGCAAAUGAUUCAAGAGGACGACUGUGUACUUCAGUCUUUAUAUUUGCCUGACUCGCGGCUCAAGGGCGAUCUCUACAGCUUAAUUGAUGCUCUUGGAAGCAACGCGUGUCUUCAUACGCUGGACAUUAGUGGCAAUCAGAUUGGCGACGCAGGAGCUCGCUUACUAGCUAAAGCAUUGCAAAUAAACAAUCAUCUCAAGACUAUCAUUUACGAUAGAAACAAUAUUACUAUUUCGGGCUACGCGGAUAUCGUUCAUGCUCUAGAAAAAAAUUACAGCGUAAGACACAUGCCGUUUCCAAUUUACGACAUGCAACCCUGUAUGAAAGCAUCGGCCGAGAGAACGGAGCAUCUUGCGAAAAAGAUACAAGAAUUACUCCAGCGGAACGUAACGCCUUCCAAAUACAGUCACGGUCAGGCUUUCAGACUCCAGCAGGGUUUUUUGCUCAGCUCGACUCAGCAAGUUGUCGACAGAUUGGUCGUGCAAACUCAGGACACGAUAAAAGCUCUUGCCGCUGAAAGCUGCGAUGCUAAUAAUGACAUUAACUAUGCAACUGGACUGAUUCAGGACGCUGACAAUUCGAAACAACUUUUACCAAGAUUGCACGAAGUAUUGCAGAGGAGGGAUGACAGCAAUCCUAUAGAAGUUACGCUACGGGACAUGGCUGAACAAGUUCACAAAGUUGUAUCGACGUAUUUAGAAGAUUCUCUCGAUGCGAUGCUCAAAUGUGCCAAUGAUCAUUGCCCUACGGUACUCUCCCAAACGGUUGUUAGGGGUGACGAGAGCGAACCGAUCUCAGUCGAAGAUGAUCUUCGCAAUGCUUGCAAAGAGAAAAACCAGAUAAGCUCGGAGUUUAUUAGCACGGUGAUUGUUGAACAGGCUGGAACGGAUGUUAUAAAUCGUGUCAAUGAGCUGAACUUGUCGGUGGCUGCACACGUUUCCGAUCGAAUAACUGACGAAGUCAUUGAGUCGCUUUCACGGAGUUACAAGACGCUGAUUGGUGACACUGACAAUCGUACGCGAAGUAGUACUCCAGACGUUUUAAGACCGAGUGCUGGUUCCAUGAGCAGUGGCAGCGUAAUUGGUGUUCUCGCGGGAGCCAAUGAUCCGUCGAAUAUUUCAAUGUCGAUGACAACACGAACAGGAUCUAGUGUGGCAUCCGAGGAUGACUCUUGUCAACAAUCUUCGCACAUGUUGCUCGUUGGUUCGACUCUUGGUCAGCGGAUCGAUCAUCAAUCGCCUAUGAAACUGGAUUAUUUGAAUCUCGCCACUCCGCAUUUGUCCAACAAGCGCAAAAGUCUUCACGGCAGAAAGUUGAGGCCAAAAUCAGUGGUGGAUUCAGUCGAGGGCCUUUCGGCCGACGAUAUUCCGGACUUACUGCCUUCGUUACCUAAGAAUCAGACCGAAGCUAUUUCGGAAAACGAACAUUCCUUAACGGAGUCUCUGGACUCCGUAUCAGAAUUGCCUAAUGCGGGGAUAGGCCAACAGUUGCAACAUCUCGUGAAGUCGCGUCCCCGUCGCGCAAAAACGCGAGCUCCGACGAGACCGAUGCUGCGAGCCGAUUUGCCAGUGGAAGGUAUCGCGUUGGGCGAAGGUUUGGACGUAUUUUUUCGCCCCACGACCCCGACGACUCCGCUAAUAUCACCGACGAGCGAUGACAGUUCGUUACACACGUUCCCGACCGACGGCAGUCCGAAUUUGUCGCUCACCAGUCAUCGAAGCGUUCCUCCUGAUCUCGACAAAAAACACAGUUGUAACUCGCCGAUGUUAAAAACAUUGCUCGAGCCAGCGCCGCGGUCGCGCUCGACGGACAACCUCGAAAAAUUUUCACCCCUCGUCGGCAGACGUUCACAGGGUGAUACACCGUUGACGACUUCGCCUUUGGCACGGCGAAAUACAACGGAGAGCACUCAUAACGAGCAGCCUCUGGUCGGGGGAGACGCCAGGAAACGUUCGACCUUGCCGAUCGUCGGGUCGACGUCCAGCGGCGUUUCCAGAGUAAUCCGCGACUCGGACGAAACAACGGAUCGUCUCUCUUGCAGUCCGGAUGCUGCACGAGACUGCGAACUUCCGGCGUCACACAAUACUGUCGGAUCUUCGAUUAAGCUCAGAUCCGCAGCCUUUGAUUUGCGAAGUCCAACUCGGACGAAUCCCGUGAACGCCGCUGGCUCCAAAACCCCUGUCAAAGUUGGCAACGACCACGCGGUCAAACAAUCUAACGGUGGCGGAGCUACGACAAAAAACAACAACGGAACUAAAUGCAGCGUACAAGCACCCGUAACUGCUCCGAAACCUCGACCCUGGAGCAUGACGAACGAUCGAAAAUCGGGCGAAUUCAAUAAUUUACUCAGCGACGGAUCGAGUCCCAACACUUCAGCUGGAAACACGCCCGACUCCGGAGACGCCCUCGACGAAUCUACUGACAGUGGCGUCAGCGGGCCUGCAUCCCUGCCACCCACACUCUCCACCAGCAGUACUUCAAGCUCUCUGAGCAACAGCAGCGUCGAGAAAAGAUCUGUUCGCGAACUCGCCGCUAGUCUCACCAGAGAUAGAGGCAAAAAUGUGACCAGUUCUAUCGCUACCGACAAAAAAGGCCCAACGGAACAUUCCGCACCCGCUGCAUGGAGAUCGAUGCUUCAUCGUCCUAUCGACCUUACCGCAAUUAAGGCAACGGAGGUACUGAAAACGGGUGAUGAGGGACGUGUGAGUUUCAAACUCCGGCGCACUUCGAUCCUGCGUGAUUCCAACUUCAACUACGACAAUGACGUCGUGGAUGUAUGAUCCUCGGGGAGGUAAAGGCGAGAGUGAAAGCGGGUACGAGCACAGUGGCAAAUGAUCGAGCCCUAAAACACGUAGUGAUUUAGUGAAAUUUAGUGUUUUCCACGGACAAAUGAACGGCAGCUCGUACGAAAGAUAAACGAAAAAUUAAUAAUAAUAUUAGGUGCACACACUUACACAUUACAGACGUACAUACGACAUUCCAUAUUACACCAAUAAUUCCGCAUCUGUGCCAUAUUAAUGUUUGUUCAUUGCUGCGAUAAAAUAAGAGAUGGGAAGCUCUGACACGACUAUUGGAGAGCUUUUCAUCAUCUAUCUUAAUAUUUAAUCCAGUAUUAGAUGAUAAGAAAACGAAAGCAUAGUGAGUCGAACGUUAAAUUCAUUGAAGAUCUGUGGAGAGUGGGAAGAUUGAAGCUAAUUGUAGACAUUUUUGUAACAUUUUGACUGUAGAGUGUUUUAAUCGUUUUAUGGUUAUGUCGACGACGAACUCGUGAGUUCGUAGAAUUUUUAAAACAUUUUAAUUGCGCGUUACACGUGCGCCUUUCACGUGUAGUACUCAUUCCCUUCAUAUACCCAUAAUAUUGCAUUAUUAAUCUAUUGUAAAUAUCAAGUAUCCAAAUAUCGAUCGUUCAUUUAUUAUCAUUAUCGAUGUAUCUUUUCUUUAUUUUUUAAUUGUUCAAUUAUUUUGUAUUGUCAAUUUUUAACGGCAAUAACAUUCGUCGAGAAUAAUUGCCAAGCGAAUUGCGGCCAAGAUUAUAUAUUACGAGCUACGAUGAUGACAGCAUAUAACGACGUAGAAAUGACAUUUAUAGUACGAAACCAAUUUCAAUCAAGCAAGAAAUAAAUCAUGUUUACCACUCGUGUCUUCCUCGUCACCUUUUUCAUACAAAAACAUAUCCGUCGCGAAUAGGUCAAGAAUAGGAAUCACAAAAGGACCUUCUUUUUGAGAAACUACUGUAGCAACUGCAUCGAGAUUUAAUUUUGAGAAAUUUGAUCUUUGAUAUUUUUUUUAUUCGUUAUUUUAUUAUUAGUCUUUAGUAAGGUUUUAUUAUAUUUAUUUAUUUUUAUUUUAUUAUUAUUUUUAUUAUUAUAUUUAUUAUAAUUAGUCUUUAGUAAGGUCUUGGGGAAAAAUCCUGGAGCUGUGAAAUGUCGUCAAGAAUUUGCGGAAAAUGAAAUAGAAUACUAACUUUCUCGCAAACAAGAAUGAGAAUAGAUGAAGAUAUUGGAGCAUCAUACGAAUUUCAAAAAGGAUAAGUUUGCAUACACACCCUACCAAAAAAUUACGAGGAAAUUCGCCGAUUUUCGAUUUCUCUUCAAAAAGUAAUUUUUGCACAUGUACAAUUUCUGCUUUUAUAAUUUUUCGUUGAACGUUCUCAUAUUUUUGUCGUUUUUCGCAGACCCAAAAGUAAAGAUUGUUUUCAGUGAUUAUAUUUCAUCGGUCUGUGGAGAACUUAAGGAGGUUCACUACCUACUCGGUGAGUCAAAGAUAGAUCGCGCGUUUGACUAGCGCAGUGCGUGUGAACGCUUGGCACCUGCGCAACACAUACGUGAUCACACACAAACAUAGAGUCUCGCGUCGUUUACUAUCGUGAAGUUAAAUGGAGUGAAAUAUAAUGAAUAACGGCAAAAAUAAAAACUUUUUUUGGAAAGGGAAGCGAGUUAGUGAAAAAGUGUAUUAUAAUAGGUUGCGACUGCAGAAAGUCGGCAAAAAUUUGCGGCAAGUUUAUGGUUCCGCCAAGGAAGUUGUUCAUAACCUCAAGCAUAGCGAAUGUGCGAAAAUCGAAGGUCGUCGGAUUAUUCAUCUCAACACUCUAGGAGAACAGCUUUUUUGCUCUAAAUGCAAGAGUAUAUUAUCUAUCUUGGAUAGUGUACAAGAGCAACGUUUUGGUUUAGCGUCGAUUUUCCAUGUAAAAUGUCGCACAUGCGGCAUGCUCAACCAAGUGUCGACGGAUAAAAAGCAUUCAACGACCAAUUCGAUACAAGCUGAAGAUUGUGAAUCAAGCACAAACAAAAGAUUGGACAUCGUUGUGGGUCAUUGCAAUGCAAGUGUCGAAGAGUGCGCUAGACCUAACUGGAGGAAACAUUACGACACCAAUACGAAAGCCGUGAUAGGUGUUCUGAACGGAGGAAUGGGUAACACCCAUUUGAACAAAUUGCUGGCUUCGUUAAACAUUUCCCCACUUCAUUGGAAGGUUUUUAAAAAUCACGAGGUGGAAGUAGGAGCAGUCGCAGAAUAUAUGGCGAAGGAAAGUUGCGAAGAAGCUGCACUUCAAGAAAAGAGCUUGACGUUCGAGAAUUAUGAGAGGGUUAAAGAAUUGUUGUAAGUAUACGGCAUCAUUUAAGUUACUCGUCUACUUUAGAUGACCAAAGAAAGAAGCAAAUUUUUAAGAUUUCUCUUCUUUGUAAUAACAGUUUUACAGUAAUAUCUGAUAGAGGAGCUGAGAAAAGAAAUCUGAAAAAUUUACUUUUAUUUUAGCCCUCGAAAGUAGACCAGUUCCUUAAAAAUGAAUUGAAAUGAUGGAGAAUCGUGCAUCGAUUUGGUUAUUCACCAAUGUACAAUUAUUCUAUAACGAUUGUCGGUUCUAUCGAAUUUAUAAAUAUGAAAGUGUUUUGUAUAAAAAUUUAUGUACAAAUAUUUUGACACAAUCGAAUUCUGAAUUUAUACAAAUUCAACUUGUAUUUUUUGUUACAUUUUCACUGGCAGCAUUUUUGACAGUCAUUUAAGAUAUUUUGUAAAAGAAGAAAGCACAUUACAUGUAUUGAUAAGUAUGUAUAUGUAUGUUAUAAUUGUGGGAAAAAUAAAUGCCUCCAUUAAUUUGA